GGCAACGCUUAAUAUAGGAAGACGGGUCAGUGCAAUUUUUCUGGCAAUUAAGAGUAAAUGGCUUAUUUGCAAGUUGUCCCACCACCAAUCUCACCAUUAUCAGUACUAGCCAAUCAUCCAGACCGCCCGUACGAAGUGCUGAAACCUCUGGGCCAGGGAUCCUUCGGGCAGGUGGCUCUAGUAUCGAAUCGGCGAUAUCCUGAAAUGCUGGCCGCACUGAAGCGGAUUGUAAUCACUGGACAGGAUCGGGAGUACAUAGACGCCAUCAGAAAGGAGAUCACGAUUCAGGAAUCUCUCACGGGGCAUGAAAAUGUGAUUCAGGUGCUUGGGAAGGAGUCCGAUGCCCAAUUCUGCUACAUGUUUUUGGAGUACGCGGAUGGAGGCGAUCUUUAUGAGAAGAUCACCUCAGGCUGUUCAUUUUCACUAGAAGAAGCACAUAGUUAUUUCAAGCAACUUGUGAAUGGGCUCAAGUUUCUUCAUUGUAGAGAUGUGGCGCAUCGGGACAUCAAGCCAGAAAACCUAAUGCUCACCCACUCGGGACACCUAAAAAUCGCCGAUUUCGGGCUCGCCACAUGGUAUCGCUACAAAGGAGCGGAGCUGAUUUUCGAGCAACGUUGCGGUUCAGUGGAGUACGUUGCUCCAGAAAUUUACACUGGAGCCCAGUAUCGAGGGCCACAAAUCGAUAUUUGGUCGGCUGGAGUUGUGCUUCUGGCGAUGUUGACUCGACAACUGCCAUGGGAGUUUCCGUGCAUGACAAACAAGCGCUACUUCUUCUGGAUGAAAAACCGGGUCGCCCAUAUCGACGCGUGGAAUGAGCUCAGCUGCCGAGCCAAGAAACUGCUCUGGAAAAUGCUUUCUCCAGGUUCAGAGAAUCGAGCAACAAUCGAGGAAAUUCAAUCAAGUGCGUGGUAUCUGUUUGGCGACGUUGAAAAUGACGAGGUAGAUGAUGAUGACAAUCUGCCAGGCUGCUUCUUUUUGUGGCAGGAAAUCUGAAAUUUGAGACCGAAAAUCGAAAAUCUGAAGUCUAAUAUUAUAAAUUUUAAUAAUUCUUAACCAUCCCAAUAAUAAAUAUUCAUC